AUGGCACUCUCUAAGGAACUCUCUUCCUUGAAGAUGAAAGAAGGGGAGGGAGUGGCUGCAUACUGGGCGCGUGCCGAGGACUUGAGGUCCAAGUACUUGGCUGCAGGAAGGAAGGAGGAGCUGCUGAUCUCCUUGCGGAGCGAGGAAAUGCGGAUUGGUGUCGCACCAAGAUCGGAUGGUGUAGCCACUUUUGGAGCGGAUACGAAAGUGGGCAGCAGCGGCAGGGGAAAUUGGGACAAGGGAGGAAAGCAUGGAGGCAGCGGUAGCAGCAGUGACACCAACUCGGGCAGAUGGGGUCAAGGAAAAGGCAAAGCUGGAGUGCUUGAUUUCCCCUGGGGAUCCAAGGGCAUGGCUCCUCGGAGGUUGUGUCAUGGCUGUUGGGAUGAGGGACAUGCAUGGCAGCGAUGUCCUCAUCGACCUAAGGGAGGCAUUCCGGCAUUCUUAAAGCGGGGGGGUCGUGGAUCCAACGGCAAGGCACAGGUGGCGGAUGAGGAGGAGCAGGAUGACAAGGCAGAGGCAGUGGUUGGAGAGGCAGUUGCAGCAGUGGGAGAGGAGCAGCCGCGAGAGGGGUGGUGGAUUGACAGUGGGGCCAGCCACAACUUUACUCCUUAUGCAUCGGACUUCAAAAGUAAGCUUCAGCCACCAGAGGUUCGGGGAGUUAGAUUGGGAGAUGGACGGGUGGUGAAAGCUAUUGGCAUGGGUGAGGUGCCAGUGGUUGGUGCUGGAGGUCAGCUGUUGAGGAUUCAAAAGGUCCACCUUGUGCCUGAGAUGCACACGCGUCUGCUGUCAGUCCCACACCUCACCUCUCGAGAUGUCAUUGUCACGUUCAAGGGCAAGACAUGUGUUCUUAAACGGGGGAAGAGGGUGUUGGCGAUAGGAGAAAAGGAGAGGGGCAGGGACCAUGGAUUGGUGCGGAUGUCUCUUCCUCUUGCUCGGGGCACACAAGGCAGUGCUCUUGCAGCUGGGUCCUCCUCCUCAUUUUCCCCAUUGACCCUUGCUCAUCGCCGCCUUGGUCACACCGCCCCCACAACAUUGCAGCAGAUGGCUCGGGGGAACAGUGUACUGGGCUUGGAGAUCGGAGGGGGGAGCGCUGAUUGCUCCCCAUACGUGGAGUUGGAGUGUGGGCCGAAGCUGAAGGCUGUUCGCUCCGACAGGGGUGGCGAGUUCUUGGGGGACGCUAUGAAAGCAUGGAAAGCGGAGUUUGGCAUCAAAACCCAAUUGAGUGUCACAGAUACACCGCAGCAGAAUGGGGUCGUGGAGAGGUGGCACAGGACGAUGGCAGAAGGGAUUCGCACAUUGUUGGUCGACAGUGGUCUCCCUGCUCGCUUGUGGGGUGAAGCAUUGAUGUGGGUCGUGUGGGUUAAGAACAGGGUCACCCACAGUGCUUUGCCUGCCUCCAUCACACCAAUAGAGGCGUGGUCCGGCCAGAAGCCGCAUGUGGGCAUGGCUCGGAUUUGGGGUUGCAUGGGAAGUGUCAUGCUGCAUGGGCAUGAGAAGGGUGGCAAGCUUGAUGCACGCGCUGUCAUGUGUGUCUGUGUUGGGGUGGACAUGGAGAGCAAGGGUUGGCGCAUGCUGGACCCUUCUCUCAUGCGCAUUCGCAUUGCUCGGGAUGUUGAUUUUCUUGAGAAUGUGAUGUGGAAGGAUUGGGACAAGGCAAAGGGAUUUGGGGAGCUUCUGCAGGAUGCAGCUGAGAUUUCCCAGCUCCUCCCUCUUCCACUCUCGCCACCUUCAGCAGCGGUUGACGACGCUAAGAUGCCACCUUCAUCACUGCCACCGGCACCGCUGAAUGUGUCGGUGCAGCAGCGGCCCACCCCUCUGCAGCAGCUCAGUGGCCCCUCGGUCAUUCAGCGGAGAUCCGCUACACAGGCUACUUCCUCUUCCUCCUCCUCUGGUCCGCGCUCUGCCCCUCUCUCUACGGGUGCCCCUCCGUCACCAGCGACUACCUCCCCACCACCGGUUACGGGUUUGCAGGUGCUUGGUAUCCAGUCUGGUACAGGUGGUGAGGAGGUAGGGGGGGAUGCUGGUGUGGUUGAGGGCAUGCUGUGUUUGGCCAGGGAGGUGGAAGGUGUUGCACUGGCAGGUGUGAGCACUGGUGAUGUCCCACGCACACUCGCUGAGGCCCUGCGUGGCCCUGAGGGCCCUGCGUGGAAGGCAGGUGCUGAGAAGGAGGUAAAUGCGAUGCGCACUAUGGGUGUAUGGGAUCCAGAGCCGGUCGACUUACCUCCAGCGCCUCGUGCUUGGAAUGAGGAGAUUGGUUCCACCCUGAUUGCAGCAGGGUUUGACCGCAGUGCAUGUGAUGAGGCUCUGUACAUCAGAUUUGUGGAUGAAGAGCCAGUGUAUGUAUUGGUGUAUGUGGAUGACCUCUUGCUUGUGUCUCCACGCUUGGAGCUGAUCGGUCAGGUCAAGGAGGUGCUUGCUCAGAGGUACCAGAUGAAGGAUCUAGAUCAGGAAUGGUACUUGGUCGACUGA